CACGCUCUACCCUCAUUCGUCGACUUGACCGAACCUUGGAACGGCGUAACACAACAAGUCUCAACGAUGAAAAGCUUCGUCGAGCGCCGGCAGCGACUACCGGCGGCGCCGGGAAUCGCACUAUCAAAGAGCAACUGCUCAUCCUUCUCCUCCACUUCGUCAUCGGCUGCUCCCACGCUGCUCACACUGAUGCUCCUCUGCACAUCGAUGUCAGUAGUACAAACAGGACCGGUGAUCAGACCCCGCCGGAUGAUGCGGGAGAUCUACAGCGAGAUUCCGGACACGAGUGUACAGAAUGUAACUACCAAUUUUAUCGAUACGUGUUUGUACGAUGGUACGCAGGUUUCUCGGGUGAGCAUCGUGUGCGACAAGAAACCAGGAUGCCGAGCGAUCCAAAAGACUGGGGAGUGCUGUCCAGACUAUCAGUGUGAGUGUCAAAGGAAUGGGAAAACCUACACAAACGGUGAAAAAGUUUUCGAUCCUGAGACGCCAUGCCGUGCCUGUUACUGUCAAGGAGGCGAAAUCAGCUGCAGCCAGGUAACAUGCUACAAGCGACACGAUUGUGAGCCCAAAUUCAUCACGGGUCGCUGCUGCCCCGAGUAUGACAACUGUCCUCCUCUAGAAAGCUCCAAAAUCACGGAAGCCAGCUCUGCGAAGGAAGAAUUCAUUGAAGUCAAAGAAACCGAAAUCGACGCGGAAGGCCUGCUGGAACGGAAUCAUCCAAAUGGCGCAACGUCAACGACCAGUGCGGCCACCACGUCGUCUUCCGGUGCUGGUAAUGAAAGCACAACACUCAAAUUACCAAUGCCACCGGCAAACAAUAAUCCGCUGGGUAUCAAAAUCAAGGAAAUCACUAAACCGGAAGAAAUUCGCUUGACGGACAAUCGACCGAAAAUGUCUACAACCACGACGGUGGUGGCUCCGAUCGGUAACGACGACGCCGGUCGCCCAACGACAGCUUCGUCCGUUUCCUACGGUGAGGAAGCAAAUAAUCUGGAACACAUGGAUAUGAACGUAACCGACGAUGGAGACGAAGGGGCGAAGAACGCUCGGCACACGGACGAGGACAUGGUGAUGAAUGGUACUGCCGAGGUAACCGAAUCAGGUGAAAGUUCAACAGCUGGCGUAUCAGAUCUUCCGGAUAAUGUUGAAGGUUCGUCAGAUGCUAGCAGUCCGAAAACCACUGCGACAACGUCUUCCACUACAGUAACCGAAAGUGUACCGGAAUCAUCAACUAAGAAGGAAAAUCCCCUGCCAGCGGUGGUGCAAAUUGGCGAUAAAUUAGUCAUUGUGGAUCACAAUCAACCAAAGCCAAUCACGGUUAUUCAGGUAGAGGAAGUCGAAGGACUACAACGUGGAGAGGAUGAUAUUUCUUACGAUCAAGAGAUGUUUACCGACCGAUCUCCGGACAAUCGGGAAAGCUCAAAGCACAUGAAACUAAAGAACUCAGAGGAGGAAAUGCUGUCUACGCAGGCAGACUCCAGCGUUGCUUAUGAGACCAUUUAUCAUGGCGGCUCGACAGAAAAUCUAGGCUCGGGAGAAGUCUUCGAAACGCAGCACUUUACGGAAGGACCACCUGAGAGUGCGGAGCGAAAUGAUACGCAAAUGGAUCAGCUGUCCGCCAGUAGUGAAGAGUUCAUACAGGUGGGAUCGUCUUCCGAAAAAUCUGCCGCUUUGGAGGAAGAACACACGACAGUCAAUUCACUGGCCACAGCAAGUGGUGAGGAAGGUAGCACUACACUAGCAGACCUGCACAUAUCCGCAGCAAGCUCUGAGGCUUCCGGAGACGAAAUUUAUGAGACGCAGUUUUACACCGAAGGACCAGGAAUUUCCUCGGAAGUAAUGGAUACGGCAGCAAGCAUGAUCGUAGAUAGCCUUGAACCAACUAAACCAUCGAAAGAUCUGCCAGCCGACGAUAUGACAACUCACAGCAAACUGUACAUUGAAGAAGAUGAACACGAUGUCAUCCAACCCGGCUUCCAACCGAUUCCCGAAGAUUUUAGUCUUCCACUGAGAGAUCAAUCCGUUAUGAUGGACACCACAGACGAGGUGGAUCAGCAAGGUUCUCUCAGUAAAAGUGAACGCAAAGAGGAUGGAGAAGCAUCGAAAAUUCUAUCAGAGGUACUGGAUUAUCGCAAGAACUCGACUAUUUCUACCACAGAAGGAUCCGUCGAACUUGAGUCGGAAGUAACCAAUUCUCCGUCUUGGUUGAAGGAAGAGGCAAAACAGCAGCUGAGGGCCCCUGGUGAACCGCACUUGGUACCGGAGUGGGAGCGAAACAACGCAUCCACCAGUGACGCUCAGUUUGUUGAUGAAUCCAGUGGAGGGGGAGAGUUGCAUGUGCUGAAAAUGAACUCAGAAGAAUACGUUGAUACUCCGGAAGGUAGUGGGCUGAGCUCGACAAAAAAAGAUGUGGAAGCAACGACUUCAGCUCCCACCAAACUGCAGCAGCACGAAAUCGAUUCCUCGGAAGGAGGCGCUUCCGAAUCGGACAGCAUCAAGCACAACCCGAAGAAUGAUGUAGAGAGCCUCAAGUACGACGAAAGUGACGAUAGUACGGUGGAAGAUGCCCUACCAAAACAGGCCAAGUCAUCCGUUUGAGCACAGCGGCUCAAUCGGUACAGGAUGAUAGAUUAAUUCAAUCAGUUAAGAUAUUUGAGCGGAAGUUAAUAGGCAGUAGCUAAACGAAUUUACUGGAUGAGUAAUUAGUAAAAAAAAGUGUAAGAAGUCUCGCUGCCUAAAGUUGUUGCGAGGGGUUCGAGUAGAUGGUGCCAGUUGAAUGAAGUAACGAUUUUUUUCUCUUCUUGAUUAGGAGGUAAGAACUAUUUAUUAUUCCUCUUGUCUGGUGGUGUGAAGAUAGAAAGACGCAUCUUCAUGUUCAGAGUGGGACAAAUUUCUAAAACAAAAGGAAAAACAAACACCCUAGAUGGCUAACUUUAGUGCCAUUAUUGCAAACGUCCUUCUAGCGGUCCAGGACGAAAGUAGAAUGAGGUUCGUAGACAGUCCCAGAGAGAAGUGCAAUCAAAGCUUUUCAUUUUUUCGAUAUUGUCCAAAAUGGCAAACUGAAUUGAAACUUUGAAAAGUGAAACCUUCUCUCUUGCACCUGUUUGUUAGGAUGAAUAGAAUACUAGUAGCUAGUCAAUAUGGACUCUAGUUAUGACCGGCGCUGAGAGACAUGGUUGUACGGAAGAGCAAACAUCUGCAAUAUCAGCACAAAUUUAUGUACAAACUCUAUCACAACUUGUGCGCACAACAAAAACCAAGUCUACCAAACUCCAAAAUUCUUCUUUUUCGUCAAAUUAAUGUCGACAGGAAUGGGAUAGAAGGAACCAAGAUCAUUUAGUUGACUAGAGUAUCGAAUUGAAAAAGAUGUGCUGAAGUGAAGUCCCAACCAGCAGCAGAGUCACUGCUAGCCUGAAUCUAAAGCGAAUUGAAUCGUAGAUUAAGUUUAAGACUGUUAUAGGAAAUAGUUGAAGGUGAAAAUCGCUAUUUAUUGACUAUUUAUAACUCCGCCUGCUGCCGACGAUGGGCGGAUCCGGGUAGCAGCGAUCGAGCGACUUCGCGUCUGCCUCGUGUGUUCAUUUCGGAAACUAACUAGAAGCGGCGGUUCUGUUUCGCAUUUCCGCUUACAGACGGAAGCAUCCUGCGGCCAGCCAGUGGGAGUUCUUUCGCAUUUGUAUCGCUAGUACUAAGCAGUGAUUAUUAUAAUCAUUACCCCCUCCCCUCUCCCCUCCUAGUGAUAAGUGAUGCCCUCUAGUUCGUAGCGCUGUUAGGAUGAAAUUAACUGAAGAAAGAGUCAUACUUGUAAUUGAAUUUAGUGUUAGUAGUCAUUCAUCUUAUUUUUUUAAAUAGAAUAAAGUUAAAAAUCUAUUGGAUAUAUACAAUAUCAUUCCGUGUUUUGCAUACAUCGUGCAGAAAGGAAGUAAUCGGAUAAAUUUGAGGAAUAAAUUCAAAGUGAAACAGUGA